AUGCCUUGUGCUCCUCCACAAAGUCGACGCCGCUACCGGCUCUGGACUGAAGCCGAAGUUCUCAUCUUGAAAAACUUUAUCAAUUGUCACAAUGGGCAAAACGGGAAGGCCGACCGUGCAUCGUUUGAUAACCUUCAAGAGGCCCUCCGCAACUGCAUACCUGAGGGCACCUCGCCACGCAACGAGUGUGAGAUUCAAUGCAAAUUAAUCCGACUUCGCCAGAAGAAUCCUUCCCACGGUCCCGGCCGGAACACGAGGCUGAGUUCCAAGGAGAGGAUAACUGAAACGAGAAAGAGAUCGCCUUCAGAGCGGCCCAAAAUGUCACUUAAACAUCGAAAUCCUACGCCCAAAGUGGAACCGAAAAAGUUCAUUAACGCAGACCUGCCUCUUCCAGCGUCGAAGAGAUCGAAGAAAAAUGGACAGCUCUCCACUGGUGAGGCAACAGGUGACCUAGAAGAGGAAACCACAUCUACGGUUUCGGAACACUGUCAGACAUACGAUCGAGAGAUUGCAUCAAACGUUGCUGUCAAUGCUUCAGACAGUUCGGGCAGUAGGCGAUCGUUUGCGAAUUCCGAAACGAUAAACACGAACAUGCGAAUUGAACCCUGGGAGCAAAAGUUGAUAGAGAAUUUUCGAAUGAUCUUACGAAAUAGGAUGUACAAACUACCGCUUAUGCAUUCGUCGGUCCAAACAAGGAUGGAUGAAACUAUGGAGCGGGUCGAAUGUGGUAUUCAGUGUUUUACAGAGGCGCAUGCGGUGGUCGGCCUCUCUACCAGCCAACUGACAGAGGACGCUCUGGAGCUAUGUCGCAUGAUGGUUCCCGCAGCCCAGGGCCGGGAACUGAUGCAGAAUUUGAGAACCCUUUAUGGACAUCCGGCCGUUCCUUUGAAGAGGUUUCUCCUAGUUGUGGCAUCCAAUGCUAUUUAUACCUGGGCGUUUAAUGAGUUUGAGGAAACUCCGCAGGACCAGUUCCCACCGAACCUCAUUGAUGUCGUGAAUUUGUUUCGUCAAUACAAUCCAGAGGUAGUCCACCGCCUCUCAGUUGCUUCGAACAUUAAGUUCCUGGAGGAUUCUGUGCAGCCCAGGCUGCCAGAACUGGCCGAGAAAUACCAACGCCAGCUGUUCGAUAUCUUUCUUACGCUUCGUAAGUCUCGUGCCAAUGAGAUUCUCAGAAUUGGUGAGAACGAUGACUUCAAUUACCGUCAUGAGUACCGUCAGGCGAGGCUCCUUAAAUGGCAAGAUUGCCUGGAGAAGGCAUUCUGUGACACACUGACUUUGAGAUUGAACAUGGCGAAAUCAAGCCGUCAAUACGAAGCAAAGAUUUACAAACAAGGGGACAAAUUUGAUGGAAGGUGGAUGGAGGCGGUUGGUUCAUGGCACAAGGCUGCUAAUGGCAGCUAUCACGUAAUUGUUUGCCUGCGUCCUGCGGUUUGCAGUUAUGAACGUGGGAGUGUCCUGAGCGAGCUAGACUGUGAAGGGCCCGUAGUGGUUGUGAAAGCCCAGGUCAUGCUGGAGGCAUCUGAGGUCAGUUCAAGGGAUGUAUCUGAGAAGGUUCUUGCUUCAAGUCCAAUUGUUUAG